UCAAAACCAUGUGUAUUUUGAUUGUUGUACGUUAAGACGUAUUAUAACCUAUUAAAUCCAUUAUAUGCUAAAUAUUAAUUAACUUAGAUUCUUAAGAAAGUUGUCAAUCCUUAAAAUGGCCAAAGUUAAAAACAAACGCAAUUCCAGUAAGGCUGACAAAGUCCACGCUAAAAGAAAAACCGAAGCAAAUAAGAAGAAACUAAAUCCAUUCGAAGUUCACAUUAAUAGAGAAAAAUUAAAAGUAUUAGGCAAAAAAUCUAAACAUGACCGUGGUUUGCCUGGUGUUUCUCGUGCUAAAGCUAUUCAAAAGCGAAAGGAUACUCUUGGUGUUGAAAUGAAAGUAAUGAACAAAACAAAUGCGUUCAUUGACCGAAGGAUCGGUGAGAAAAAUACACAGCUAUCAGCUGAAGACAGAAUGAUAGCCAGAUUUGCUGCGGAGAGAGCAAAGCAGCAUAGUAAGAAAAAUAUAUACAAUUUAGCUGAUGAUGAGAUAUUGACACACAGAGGUCAAACUCUGGAACAGAUAGAGAAAUUUGACGACCCAAGAUCUGAUGAUGAAGACGAAGAAGGAGGAAAACGAUUUGGUGGUCUAGAUGAUGAAUUUGUGUCAGAUGGUCAUUUCGGUGGUGGUAUUUUAUCAAAAACUGACGCACAAGAUGGUGCUAAAUCUCAUAAAGAUUUAAUUGAGCAAUUGAUUGCGGAAUCAAAGAAGAGAAAGGCAGAGAAGCAGAAGGAGAAAGAACAGACAUUGGAUUUAACGGAGAAGUUGGAUAGUGAAUGGAAAGAUUUACAACCAGUUGUGUUUAAAAAGGCAAGAGUUGAAGAAUCAUUGAUUGAUAAAUUGCUAAGUAAAGCAGAUAAGGGACAAGAUUAUGAUAAAAUGAUGAGAGAACUUAAGUUUGAAAAGAGAGGAACUCCAUCAGAUGGACUGAAAAGUACAGAAAAGCAAGAAGCAGAAGAAAGAAAGAAGUUGGAAGAGUUAGAGAGGCAGAGGGAACAGAGAAUGUUACCAGAAGAAGAAGCAAAUGCACCUAAAACUAAUCCAACAGCUCUUAAACACAGGUCAGCAGACGACCUGGAUGAUAAUUUUGUACUGGAGGAUGAAAAAGAAUUUAUGUUGGCUUACGAUAAAGAGGGGAAACCUCUGGUGCCUGAACAUGUGUUGAAAGAUUUCACAGUUCCAAAUGCAAAGCCUAAGUUCAAUGAUGGAAUAUCCGACACAUCAUCAGAGGGUGAAGAAGGUAGUGAAGAUGAUGAUGAAAAUGAAGAAGGCAGUGAAAGUGAUGAAGGUACUAACGAAAAUGAAAAAGUUGAAUCAGUGAAUGAAGAAGACAACAAAAAAGAAAAAAGCAUUACAGAUAAUAAUUUAAUUGCUAAUAUAGGUUCUGAGGCAUCUGUUGAUGAAAGUGAUGAUGAUGAUGAAGAAAUUAGUGAUGAAAAGAGUAAUGACAAAGACAACGAAUUAAAUAAACUUAAAGUAAAUGGUGUCAGUAAAGAAGAAGAAUCUGAAAAUUGUGAUGAUGAAUCUGGUGAUGAUGAUGAAUCAAAUAAAAAUGAUGAAUUCGAUGAUUUAAGAGAUUUGAAAGAAUCAGAAGACGAAUCUGAUGAUGAAAUGUUAGAAGAGAGCAGUCAAAAGAUUGAUUCGUUCUUCGAUUUGAAAUCUGAGGAAGGUACUAACCUAAAAGAAUUGCUGACAGGAAAAUCUCCUUCCCAACAAUCAGCAGCAUUACAAAAAAUAAUAAAAAGCUACGAUCCAAGUUUAUCUGAGAAUAAUAAAGAAUUACUGAGUAGAUUAUACGCACACAUGUUACAAUACGUCAAUGAUAUUUUCUCAAAUUUGAAUGACGAAGGAGAAAUUAUGAAAUCAUUUCUUAUAUUCGAUAAACUUGUCCCACAUUUUUAUGAUUUAGCACACACAAAUAAAGUUUCAGCGAAGAAAUUUAUAUGCGAUUUAUUAAAAGAGAAACAUGAUAAAUUUAAAAAGAAUCCAAAGAAAGUACCAGAUUUAGAUACGUUGAUAUUUUUCAAACUCGUAUCCCUAUUAUAUCCAACAUCGGAUUUCCGACAUCCCGUUACGACGCCAUCUUUGAUAUUUAUGUCGGAAAUUUUAACUUAUUGCAGAUUUAAAGAUGCAUAUUCAGUUUCUAGAGGUUUUUUCGUUGCAGCAUUAAUUUUAGAAUACACAGCACUAUCUAAAAGAUUUGUUCCCGCUGCGGUAAAUUUUCUGCGCGGCAUUUUAUAUUUGAGCGCGAACACUUCAGUAUUAAAUCCGAUACAAGUAGUGCCGCCAUUUCGUUUGCACAAAGAUGUCAAAAUUUUGAAUUUGGAAGACGAUUGUUCUAAAGUUGCGUUCGAAACCAAAAUGUCCGCGAAGGAUUUAAUAAGAACUGACAUUGACGAUGCGUUCAAGAUUACAUGUUUAUUAACUUGUGUAUUAAUGUUGAAAGAGUUGUUUGACAAUUACAACGAUUUGGAGGCACAAGAGGCUAUUUUCGAGGCGCAUAUAAAAUUACUAGGCAGAUUGGAUUUAGAUUUAUAUCCCAAAAAAGUUAGAAGUACUGUAUCAGAAGUGUUACAACAUAUGAAAGAAAGUUUAGAAGUAAAAACGUAUACACCAUUAGCAAGAGAGAAGGUUAGACCUAAGGCCUUAAGAUUAUAUGAACCCGACAUUCAAGAAGUUUUCACUGGCAGUAAGAGUUCUAAGUUGUCCCGCGAAAAGGCAGAAAAAGCAAGACUGCAGAGUAAAUAUAAAAAGGAGAUGAAGGGAGCUCUGAGAGAGAUAAGAAGAGAUAAGGCGUACAUUGCCUCUGUUAAGAUAAAACAGAAGAUUCACAGUGACAAUAUCCGCAAAGAAAAGGUGAAACAGAUCUACAAAGAUGCAUCAAUACAACAGGGUGAAUUGAACAAAUUAAAACGAAUGAAAUGAUGAUCAUAAAACUUUAUUUUUAAACUAUAGAGCACCUUUAACGUACUACAACAAUGUUGCUAGAAGAAAAAAACUAAAAAUAUUUUUUAUGUA